AUGGAGGUGUGUGUGUUCUCCGUGUUCCUGCUGUGUGUGUGUGUUUAUGUGACUCUGCAGCUGAUCCGCUUCAUCGCCGCUGACGCUGACCUCACUCUGCUGUGGGCAGCUGCGGUGGGGAAAAGGCCAGGCGUGGCUCUGAGGCAGAAGGUGGUGUGGAUCACUGGAGCAUCCAGUGGGAUCGGGGAGGAGCUGGCGUAUCAGCUGUCUGCGUCCGGCGCUCGUCUGGUGCUGUCUGCGCGCCGAGAGAACGAGCUGCACAGAGUCAAGAGGAAGUGUUUGGAGCUCUCCUCUUUAGAAGACGAGGACAUUCUCGUUCUUCCACUGGAUCUGUUGGACCGAUCGAGCCACAGAGAGAAAACUGACGCGGUCUUGCAGCAUUUCAGCAAGAUAGACGUGCUGGUGAAUAACAGUGGGCGGAGUCAGCGGGGUCUCUUCCUCAACACCGACAUCGAUGUUUACAGCAGUCUGAUGGAGCUCAACUACCUGGGAACCGUUUCCAUCACACAGCACGUGCUGCAGCACAUGAUCCACCAUGGCGACGGUAUCAUAGCAACCGUCAGUAGCAUCGCAGGCCUGGUGGGGGCGCCGCUGUCCAGCGGAUAUGCAGCCAGCAAACACGCGAUUCAGGGUUUCUUUAACACCCUGAGGACAGAGCUGACCGAUUAUCCAAACAUCACCAUCAGUACCAUUUGCCCCGGACCAGUCGUGUCCCAAAUCGUGCACAAUGCCUUCUCUGAGCAGGUCAAUAAGCCGCUGUCUAACGCAGGAGAUCAGUACCAUAAGAUGUCGACCGAGCGCUGUGUGCGUCUGAUCCUGGCCGGUUUGUCUAACCGUGUGAAGGAGAUGUGGAUCGCUCAGCAGCCGUUUCUUCUCGUCUUUUAUCUGUGGCAGUACACGCCCACCCUCGCCUGGUACAUCACCAGCCUGCUCGGCAGGAAACGGGUGCAAAACUUCAAAGCUGGACUGGACGCAGACACGGCAUAUUUUACCAAGCCAAAGGCCAAGACCAGCUGAAGCCCUGCACUGAUCAACAGCUAUAGAGUGAUAAAUACGGUACUGUGUAUAGAAUAUAGCAUUAUGUAUAGCACUGUCAGUCUAUACACACACACACACACACACACACAAAUGUGUACAUGGAUAUGACUCUGUUUGUUCUGCUGCAUUCGACUAGAGGUUGUAACUUGUAAUUACUGAGCUCCCACUGAGGAAACUAGAGGAAACAACCCCCUCAAACACCUCGGACACUGAAGAUACACUCCUCAACAUCACUACCCGAGGAUACUGCUCAUCCCGAGCUCCAAUCCCUCUGCGGCAUGCUGACAUGAUUCUCAGACUUCCUGCAACACUAGAGGACUGUUUAUGGUCAUGUGGUACUGCAAGAACUAAAAUUUACAAGCUGAUUGAAUUUUUAUGGGGCUGAUAAAAUCAACACAUUUAAAUUUUUAUAUUUAAUCAUGUCUGCACUACAUUAGAUAAACGAAAAGAAAUGUUUAAAAAUGCUCUUUAGAAAGUCAUGUAUUUGAUGCUAUAUUAAACAUAGGAUUAAAUAAACAAAAUCAAGCAAUUAAUGAAAUAAAUAUAUAAAUAAGCAAAUAAAUGCAUUGACCACUAGAGGGCGCCAAAAGCUUGUUAUUUAGGGGUUUGUGUUUUCUGCUUUGUUUUAAAUUCCAGUGGAAAAUCACUUGUUUUAGAAUUUCUUAUUUCAAGAUUAAACAAAAAAAGGAUCUGGUGUGUGUA